AUGAGCCCCUCCGCAGUCGACAUCAAGGUCCAAGGCGCCACCAACACCACGGCCGGCGAUAACAACGCCCUCGUAGCAUGGCGCAAGUCCGGCGCCGUGCCCACGGGCACCGCUGCAUUCUCAAUCAUCGACAUGUUCAAGAGUCCCACCUGUUUCACACGACCAAAGGCCAAGGGAUUAGAUCCUCAUCUUUCCUUGGAGGCGAAAUCGCGCAAACCCUCGUCGUUGAAAGGUGCGGCCAGGUUUCUGUCUAGGCCGGUACCCAAGGCACCGAAGUUUUCGGGGGAAGGGACUCAUGCUUCUGGUACGACUAUAACGGUGGGGGAGCAUGAUAUCAAGGAGGAGAAGAGCUUGUUCGUUGCGCUCAAUUAUGCUCAGUCAAUAGGCUUUGCGCAGAUGGUUCACUUUAUUGCUGAACAUACAGAGAUUAUCCAUGACCCCCCUUACUCAGACUGGCACUGCUACCUGACCGUCGGAAAUGAAUUGGCAUGGGGCGCGACACUGAGAAUCUUCUGCGAACGAGGCGACUACAUCCUCACCGAAGAAUAUGCAUUUGCUAGCGCAUUGGAAACUGCCGCUCCUUUGGGAAUCCGCAUUGCCGCAGUCAAAAUGGACGAACAAGGUCUACUGCCCGAAGACAUGUAUGAACUCCUUUCAAACUGGGAUGAAAAGGCUCGUAGUGCCGCAAAGCCUCAUCUUUUGUACACCGUUCCUUCUGGUCAGAGCCCAACAGGAGCCACCGAGAGUGCUCAACGACGACGAGUACAAAGUCUGCCAGAAGCAUGA